AUGUCCGCCAAUGUUGCGCCAAGCCAACCACAUCGAUACGAUGACCGCCAGGACCGCGUUUCCCGCUGGGCGACACAGCUCGACACGCACUCGUAUCUCGUCUUUUUUGCGAUAUGGGGUACGCUCUCUAGACUUGGUUUGCAGGCCUUGACUCAUUACCCUGGAGCUCCCGUCUCAUUUGGUGUACUGUGGGCGAACGUUGGUGGCAGCUUCAUCUUUGGCUUCCUAGCUGAGGACACGAAGUUGUUCUAUUCGCCUGUGGAUGCUCCGGUUGACGAGCAUGAUAUGCCCUCACACGAAACAUACGCAGCUCCCAAGCCGAAGCUCGCGUCGAUGUCUGCUUCUGCAAGAAAGGAGCACAUGGCGAGGAAGAAGACCCUUCCGCUCUACGUCGGUCUAACCACCGGCUUCUGCGGUUCAUUCACCUCCUUUUCAUCCUUUAUUCGCGACAUGUUCCUGGCUACCUCGAACGACCUCCCGUCUCCAGAUCUGUCCACACCCCUGUCAAGGCAUGGUGGCUACUCAUUCAUGGCGCUUCUCGCGGUCCUCGUCACCACAGUAGGCCUCUCGCUGUCUGCUCUCAUCGUAGGGAACCAUGCAGCCGACGCCCUUCAUCCCUUUACGCCGUCACCUUCUCCAGGACUCAUACGAAGAUAUUUAAACCCGCUCAGCAUUCUUCUAGGCUGGGGCUCGUGGCUCGGUGCCAUCCUGCUGGCUGUCUUCCCUCCACACAAGCAUUGGCGCGGCCAAGCCCUCUUCGCCGUUGUUUUUGCGCCUCUCGGGUGCAUUCUGCGCUACCAUCUCUCCCUUCUCCUUAACCCUCGCAACCCAGUCUUCCCCAUCGGCACAUUCUCAGCCAACAUUUUGGGCACGGCGAUCCUGGGCAUGGGUUGGGAUUUGUUGCAUGUACCCCUUGGGGGCCUCGUCGGAUGCCAGGUCCUUCUUGGCAUUGAUGAUGGAUUCUGCGGAUGCUUGUCAACCGUGUCGACGUGGGUGGCCGAGUUGGCUUCCCUGCGGAGGAGGCACGCCUAUAUCUACGGGUCGGUGAGCGUCGUGUCAGCCUUUGCGCUGAUGGUGGCCAUCAUGGGAGGGAUGCGGUGGAGCAUUGGUUUCCAACCUCCGAUGUGCAAGAACUGA